AUGACGGCGGACAUGUCCACCUUGACCGAGCAGCAGCGUGCAAACCACCUCAUGGAAGCACAGACGAUGGCCCUCGAGCUCUUCCGUGAAAUCGAACGAGACUUGAUCCGUCCUGGGAUAAGCGAAAAGACUUUGAGCAACGAGAUCCACGAGCUCGGGUCUCGACGCCACAACGUCCGGACGCACUGGCACAAACGAGUUGUCCGCAGUGGUCCCAACACACUCAUGCCGUAUGCAGAGAAUCCGCCCGACCGAAUUAUCCAGCCCGAUGACAUUCUAUUCGUCGACCUGGGCCCCGUCUUUGAGGCGUGGGAGGCUGACUUUGGCCGGACCUUCGUCUUGGGCGAUGAUCCAGCGAAGAAGAAGCUGCGCGACACCCUGGAUCCCGUCUGGAACACGGUCAAGGCACGCUACCGCGAGGACCCCGACAUGACAGGGGCUCAACUGUAUGAGAUUGCGUGCAGUGAGGCACGGAAUGCUGGGUGGGAAUUCGGGGGUCAGAUUGCCGGACAUCUCGUUGGGUCGUUUCCGCAUGAACGUAUCCCCAACGACAAGAUCACGCUGUACAUUACCGAAGGAAACAUGGAAUCAAUGGGUAAGACCGAUGCCAAGGGGAAUAAGAGACAUUGGAUUCUCGAGGUUCAUUUGGUGGAUCGUGAGCUACAGAUUGGAGCCUUCAUGGAGCAGCUUCUGACUGUCGACUGAGCGAGACCUUCGGGGGUUAUGUGUAUGGAUGUAGGUACACAUGGUAGUGAC